UUUCAUUUUAUCUGAGCUGUGUACUGUGAGUGCAGGACCGUGUACACGAUCGAACUCGCACUGUCGCAGUAAUUUAGUAAACCCCAAAUAGUGAGCAAAAAUGUCUGUCGUUGAUAUUCUUUCUGGUGUUGGUUCGUUGGGUGAACUCGGGCUGAAGAUCUAUGAAGCUGCACAGCAGGUUAAAAGCUUCAAAUCUCAGAGCAAAACACUAUCGGAAAGAGUUGAAAUUAUCCUCGUUCCCGUGAAAGCGCUCCAGAAAGAAGCAGACUCCAAGAACGUUAUUCUUCCGGAGUUGGACCCGACGCGCCCCGAUGGUGUUGGCUACGAUUACCAUGAAGGCCCGAUGAUGUAUAUCCGGCCUCUCAAAGAGUUGCAGGACUGUAUGACGAACAUUGAAAUCUUUCUCUUGAAGCUUGGGGGUAAAAAGUGGCUGGACAAGUUUGUGCACAAGCAGAAAAUCCAGGAUAAUUUUGAUGGUUAUAAUGACCAGCUGACAACCUUACAACAGAGUCUCGGUUUCUCACUUCAGGCUGCAUUCCCCAAAAUCAUCAGCGCAGACAUGCGGAAACAACUCAGUGAUGCCUUCGACAAGGAUAGCAUGUGGAAGCAGAAGAUGGAAGACUUGGAGGAAGACUUGAAGAGCAUUAAAGCAGACUUGGAGGAUCAGAGCCAAGACAUCAAUGACAUCAAAGAGAAUCUCAAACUCAUUUAUGAAGCUGUAAAGACAGAGUUUGAGCGUCUGCGCAAAGACAUACAGUUCAUUGAACAACUCACAUGUUGCGAGAAGUAUGCCAGCGAAUUGAGUAUGAACUACACUGAAUUUACGGACCUAGAGACUUUGGAAGAAGGAACCUACGGACCUAUCAUCAAGACAAAACACAAGUUCGAAGACAAGAUGCUGGUCAUCAAAGCAUUUGAAGACAAGGAAUUAUCUACCAAGAAAGAGCUUAAAGAACAGUUGAACCUAUGGAAGAACCUACGCUUUUCAUCGUAUAUAGUUCAACUCUAUGGAUACACUAUGGAUUAUGAAAGUCGUAUGUGCUUUGUGGUGGAGUACAUGUCCCAUGGCACCCUCCGAAGUGUUCUCCAAGACAAGGAAAAUCAUAUGUUGCCAUGGGAACAGAGAAUCGUACUUGCCAGAGAUUGUGCUCAAGGACUCCAUGCAAUCCACUUUGGUCAGGGAACGAAGAUCAUGCUUCAUAGAGCAGUGACGUCUACUAGAUUUCUAGUGGACGGUCGCUACAGAGCAAAGAUCUCUGAUAAUGGCUUUGUGAAGUCAGCAUCAAAGAUCAGUAAGAGUAAGUCAACGAUGACAUCCGGAGGCCGUGGUUCGGUCGAGCAAGAUGAAAUGAACUACCUGUGUCCCGAGGAAACGAGCACCAGUUUCAAACGCAGCAUAAAGAGUGAGAUUUACAAGUUUGGAGUGAUCUUGUAUGAGAUUGCAUCGAGGAUGCGACCCUUUGAGGCCACAGAACUCAAAGAGGGGGUCUUGACACCGCUUCAGAAGCACAACAAGAUCAAGGAUGGAAUAAUAGAAGAUCCUCCGACUGACACGCCGGAACCUUUCAAAGAUCUUAUCCUUCUCUGUCGGCACAGUUCUCCCAAUAAAAGACCAGCCACCGAUGCUGUUGUUGCCCGCCUGUGUAAGAUGUGCUAGACCAGAGCUUGCCUGCAUCCGCUGUAAAAUGGUUCUCUACUUUUCAGGGAAAAGACCUUCAGUGACCUUAGAAGUUACUGUUCUCAGUUUUAACACCAGCUUUUAUCAUUGAGGAGGAGAAACAGGAGGGGGAGGAGCAGCAGGAAUAGGAUGAUUGGGAGGAAAUAAGUUAUGAUGGUCGUUUAUUUUGAAAGUGGUAUGUAAUACAUUGUGAUAUUACGAAUGUUAUGUUAGUGGUGAUGAUGAUUUAUAUCACAAUGAUGAUAACGAUGAUGAUUUAUAUGAUGAUGAUUGGUAGUGAUGAUA